AUGUCCAUGACCAACGGCCAGCCCGCCUGGCACACGCCGAACUCCAGCCAGGCCAACGGCAGCAGGAUGCCCAAUGGCGUUGUGGACGAUGGCCCGACGCAGACGCCGAGCGACAACCCACUCGCGCUGAUGCCUGAGGCAUCCGACCCCGACGAUGACCAUCGACGCGCUCACUUUGCGAAUCUCUUUCGACGCGCCGAAGAGAGACUCGCGCUCCUGUUUGGCGACAAUGGCGAGUACAACACGGCCGGUCUCGAGGCCCUCAAGCGGCCCCCCACUCCGCCCGCCGCCCUGCUGCCGCCGCCGGCGACAGACCACACUCCGGCCCAGGAGCCGCCGCGCAAGAAGGCGAAGCGCGUCAUCGACGAGGACGACUACGGCGACGACGACGAGGACGAAGACGAGUCAAGAGAGAGCGGCCCCAAACCGGAGACCGUACAGUCCAAACACGCCAAUGACGACGGUGCCAAGACGCUGCUGUCCCCGGCCAAGUCUGGCACGCCGGUCCCCUCCAGUCCGUGGCCCGGGAAGCAAGGCGACAAGAGUCGCCAAGAUGGAUCGCGCACGCAGGCAAAGUCCUCCGAGGAUGCGCGCAAGGAAUUGGAGGAGGCGCGCAAUGCGACCGAGCUGGCCGCCAAGCAGAGUUUCCACACGCUCAUCUACACGCUCGAGAACGACCGGACGGCCAUGCUUGAGCAGCAACAGCUCGAAGAGUCCGAAAAGCAGCUACAGGCAGAGAUGGACAAGUCGAACAACAACAAUACGAGCCAGCCGGGUCAGAACCACGGCUCGCUCAGUAACACAAACCUCGGCGCCUCGAGUCUCACGUUGAAACACCUUAUAGCGCGGAUAGACAUGAAGCGCGAUCAAGUGCGCGCGUCCGACGCCGAACUCCGGUCGCUCAUGAACGAGGUCCGCAAGAACAGGAGCAAGUGGGCUAGCGAGGAGAACGUCGGGCAGGAGGAACUCUACGAGGCGCUCGAGAAGGUGCUCAGCGAGCUCAAGGCGCAUACUGAGUAUUCUACCCCGUUCCUGAACAGGGUGAACAAGAGGGAUGCACCCGACUACUACAAUUUCAUCAAACAGCCCAUGGACCUCGGCACCAUGACCAAGAAGCUCAAAGGUCUGCAAUACAAAUCCAAGGCCGAGUUCGUCUACGAUUUGAACCUCAUCUGGGACAAUUGCCUCAAGUACAACCAGGAUAUGGGCCACCCACUCCGCCGCAUGGCCAAUGGCAUGCGCAAGGAGGCGGAGAAGCUCAUCCCCCUGAUUCCGGACAUCGUAAUCCGGCCAAGAGCAGAGGUAGAGGCGGAGGAGCGCCGCAAACAGAACGGCGGCGAGGAUGACGCGGGCGACGAUAGCGACGACGAGCCGAUAAUGUCUUCGCGGGGCCGCAAGGCCGGCACAAAAGGGGCCAACAAGUCCCGAAAAGCCCCAUCCGAUCAGAAAGAGGGUAAAGAGGGGACCCCAAACGUGGAGCAGAAGCCGCUGCUGCAGGUUAACGGCAUUCUCGCCAAAGCCCAGCGGGAAGGUUCCGAGGUGGACAGCAGCACCGGCUUGGGUACGCCACCGAUCGGCGGCUCUCUGACGCCCAGCGGUGCCAAUGGCCAGUCCGGUGUCAGCAAUGCUGAUGCCAUGGACAUCGACGGCCCAUCGUUGGAUGGUAUGGCCCUCGGUCAAGCACUGGGAGAGGCGGCCGAACAAGUCUACGAGGACGAAGCGUACAAGAUUUGGAAGCAGGUCACGAAGAAGGACCGAGCCUUGAUUGCCAAGGAGCGCUACCAGCUGUUUGCCGGCAACAAGCUCAACCCGGACGAACCCGCCCUCCUGAGGAGCAAGGCCGGGAUGCGUCGCUUCCUCAAAUCGCGAAGGGAAGCCGAAGUCCUCGGUAUCAUCCACGGCUCUCAUCUCGAUGCUUCGGCCACGGGCUCUAGCGACGGGGCCAAGGCCCCGGAGACGCUCGCCGAGGGCAUGGAAGAGGAAGGCGAACGAACAGUCCCCUCGUACUACGAGCCGCAAACCAUCAUCCCAGAUAUCGACCCAAAGCUCCAAUGGGUGGAGGACGGCGAAGGGCAGGUCAUCAAUCAUUUUGAGGACAUGCUCCGACUGAUCCCUCCCGGCCACUUCACCGCCCCGGAGAGCCGCCUCACAAACAAAAUCGAUGCCAAUAUACGGCAAAUGCAAGAAACCCGCAAACUUUGCUCCAAGAUCGGGGUCAUCAAACAGAUGCAGAUCCAGACUCACGUGUAUACUAACCAAUUUCCGAAAUACAACCCGGAGCCAUUCGUCGAGGCCGACAUUGAGCCCAGCUUCAUCGCAGGUGAAGGCCCCGUCAUGGCGCCGGAAACCUGCAGGUCAGCGAUGCAGCGCUCCGUGGCUAAGAUCUUUUACCAUGCCGGAUUCGAGGAGCUGCAGCCGUCAGCACUCGACACAAUAACAGACAUAGCCGGCGACUAUUUCCAGAAGCUCGUACGCACUUUCAACGUGUACCGAGAGGUGGAGAAGAAGCCGGCCACCGGAGUCUUUGCGGAACGAGGCGCGCGCACCCAGCCGCGGUUCACGCCCGAGGAGGUGAUUUUGCACACGCUUAACGAGAAUGGGCACGAUCUCGACUCGCUCGAGAGCUAUGCUCGUGACGAGGUUGACCGGCUCGGCAACAAGCUCGGCCAAAUUCAUGAGCGCAUGAAGGCCCACCUUGCCGACCUCCUCCGUCCGGCCCUCACUGACGCCGGCCCCGACGGCUCUGGUGCCUUCAAUGACGGCAGCGAGCAGUUCAUCGGCGGCGACUUUGCAGAGGAACUCGGCGAGGAUUUCUUCGGCUUCAAGGCGCUCGGUCUCGACAAGGACCUCGGUCUGGAGACGCUCUCGGUGCCGCUGCAUCUCCUCCAGUCACGAGUCCGCAGCCAGUACCAGAUGCAGACCCAGACCGUCGGCGGCACCACUGCCGCAGACCUUUUCGAUGCCCUGCCGCCGCUUGAACCCGUCACGCGCGAGUCGAUCGAGAACGAAAUCGGUCUGGUGCGCAACUUCUUCCUCGCCAAGCUGCAUGCCAAUAACAACGCGCCGCUGGUCGAGGACGAGGACCUCCCUCCUAAGCAGCGCCGCGCCCGUCCACGCCUCGGCGCCACGGGCAAAAUCGUCUCGCCGCAGAAGCGCAGCCCCAAGGAGCAGCUUGCGCUUGCCAAGAAGAAGAAGAAGCUCGAGUCCGGGUCCGCGCAGGUGACCGAUGGCGCCAACGCUGCCGGUGCCAAUGCCGCGGGCAACAAAGCGGGAAGCGUCUCACCCGAGAAGAAGAAGACGACGACGCUUAACGAUGCCAAAACCGGACCUGCUCCCCCUCUUCCUCUCCCUCCUAGCUCUUCCCAGUCGAGUGCGCCGGGAGGUUUGGCGGUGCCGAUGCAGAGGCAGGACACGAACACCACGGACGGCGGGGCGAGCCAGGCGACGGACAAGGAUGAGGCGGGAGCGACAGGCAUGAUGAGCCCGGAGAGCCUGGAGCAGCGGUAA